AUGGAGUCGCUUUCUAGACCUCCGCACAGAAGAAAACACUCCACCUCCACAGCAAAUGCCUUCUCGUCCUUUUCCUCGAAAAACCCUUAUGAUGAUGUUCUGUUGUCGAGCGGCGGCGGAGGGCCGGGUUCGGUGGGAACGAAGCUUGGAGUUCAGGACUACGCUGAGAUUUUCUCCGGCUCGCAGCGCGGGUCGUCCAUUCCGGUUCUCGAUCUUUCCGGCCUGGAAGAAAGUGCCGGGUGGGGUGAUUUUCGGAGCUCCAAGCUUGAUUACUCCAAUAUUUUUAGUGGCUUUAGGGAUGAGGAUGUAGCUAUACCGUACGAACAAUUGUUUGCUGGAGCAAAAACAAGAAAAACCUCUUCUGAUAAACCAAGGACUCCAGCAAAUAAAGGAUCUCCUCUACGAGAGUCAGAUCGUCUAAAUUCUUCUGGAAAGAACAAAGGGUUCCCAGUUGAGGCACUCGAUCAAUCUAUUGAUGGCACAAAGCAGCAGUUUAACCUGUCAUUCAAUAAGUCCGGGCAACGAAGUAGUGAUGGGUCAAAUGGGAAAAUGCAUGUAGCAGAACUCCAUGCUGUUCCUGGAUUUACUUCUUUUGUUGAUGGAACUGCUCAUCUGCAUAAGACAGAAGGCAAUAGGCCUGUACCUUCACUGAAACGUGAAGUUAGUCGUGCCUGGAGUUUCAGUGCUGAAGUUGAGCAAAAUCAUGGCAGGAGGUCUGAGGCACACAUCUCUAAUAAUCAAAUUUCUGACAGUGCUGUCAAAGGUAAAGUUGAAUCAAGUUUGGAUGAAUCGCAUGUCACUGAUAAACCGCUUAACAAAGUGAAAAUUAAUUUCAAAUCACACGAUUCUAAAGUCUCUCCACCUUCAAGUUUUCAACCGAAUCUAAAUGAGCAGAAGAAUCUAAAUGAGCAGAAGGUCCCCAGGCAAACAAGGUCAUCAAGUUUUGGCUCUAAAGCUGAUGCUUCAGAAAAGAUUGAUGGCGACUCUUCACCACCGUUUUUUGAUGAGGAACUGGAUGUUAAUUCAGUUGCUGCACAAUCUGCAGCAGCGUUAAAGAAAGCAAUUGAGCAGGCUCAAGAAAGUAUAAGAAUUGCUAAAGAGAUAAUGAAGAGGAGAAGCGAAUGCUUUCGAGAAGGUUCUAAACCAAGUCCUAGGGGUCGCUUGAAAGUUAAGAAGGAUAAGAAGGAAAAAAGAAUUGUUCUUGAGGCAAACAUUUCAAAAGAGAACAAUGCUCCUACAAAAACAUAUGAAAGCCUGGAUCCUGUAUUGCCGGCAUUUGAGGUAGACAGGAAAUUUGCUCCAUCCGCUGGACAUAAAGAGCCAAUUUUAAAUUCUGGUAAGAUUGAGGACAAAAAGGUUCAGGAAAAUGUUGAAGCAGCUGAAGAAUAUUCUGACGCAAGAAGUUCACCUGGGUUGGAAACCAAUGAAGAGAGUAAAAGAGUGACUUUGGGUUCUGUACAGGUGAACAGUAGCAAUAACUCUCUGCAUUCUAUGAAUAAACUUGUAUCUGAGAUAGAAACAGUUGAAGAAAUUUUGGACCAGACUGAGGUAUUUUUUGAUCUUACGGAAGGACCAGCAAAUGUUGACGAGCUAGGGGAUUCGAGCAGAGUUCUUGAUGCUUCGCAAAGGGUGCCUGAACUGGAGGAGAUUGUGGGUGAAGCUGGUGAACAUUUGAUAAUCAGCAAGGAUAAUGUUUGGAUAGAGGAGAAACGAAAUAUUUUUGACGAAAAUGGGAAGGGUACUGAGAAAUUUGAUGGGCAUCAGGAAAUUGUUAAUGGGGAACAGCCUAAGUUGCAGAACUUGGUGUUUGACCAUCCACUAAAUGAAGCACAGAAUCUGCCCGAGAAGGAAAAGGAACAAGAAGAAUCUCUGAGACAAGAACAAAUGGAAAAGAAAGUGGGUAGUGUUUCGAACUGGAAAGAAAAAUACCACCUACCUGGAAAGAGUUAUGACGAAGAAGAAAUUGCUUUAAGGAAGGAAGACCCUGAUUCAUGGUUUGAAACUGAAGAGAAGUCAAAAGAGGCCCUGGAGAAAGAAAUCGAAGAGAGGGAGCAGAAAGUCUUCCAAGAGGCAGGAGCAGUUGAAAAGAGGUUAGGUGGAGAUAAUGAACCAGAAACUGAUGAGAAGAAACUGAACUGUGCUCAUGAUGGUGAUGAGCUAGAGAUACCAGGAGAACUUGAGUGUGAAGUAAUUGGAGAGAGACAAGCAGAGACUUCUGAAUAUGAAGCAACUGAGAUGAGGCAGAUGAAUGAAAAUAAAUAUGCUGAAGAUCAGAAAAUUGCAGCCUCUCUGGAGGCUGAAGAAACGAACAGCACACCAAGUGGAACUGGCAAAAGUGAGGAUGAUAAAGAUAUAUGUGACUUUCAGGAGGCUAUUCUUGAGAAGGAUUUUGAUACCUCUGUUGAUGCAUAUGGUAGUGGUUCGAGCACCAGAGUCACUCAGAUUCAGGAAGCCUGCACUGUUGAAUUAAAUGAUAACAGUGUAGAUGAAAAUCAACAAGCAGUUGAAAGUGAUAAAGAGAAAGGCAGCACAAUGAGAGUAACUGAAACAUCUUCUGCAAUUGAAAAGAACGAGAAAAAAGAACCAGUUGAAGAAACAUUCCAACAGGAGGACAAUGAAAUGCUCAAGACAGCUUCCUUGCUUCGAAGUGCCUCUGAAAUGAAUUUUGUCGGUAGCAAACUGCACAAUGCCUUUGAAGCUCUUUCUUCUGAUGGCAUUACUGAAAAUUCCAGUGACACAGAUGCAAGCCAUGAAGAAAAGCUGCCAAAGGAUGAGGAUGCUUUCAGAACAUCUGACCAAAUCCAUAAUGCAGCUCGAGAGGAGAAUGCUAAUGAAAACGACAUGCAAGAUUUCAGUGAGUUCCAUGCUUCUGGUAAAAAAACAACAGACCUUGAUCUCAUAGAUGAUGAGGCCUCAAGUAAGGAAGAAGAUACAGAUGAUCUUGAAAUGACUUGCAAUGAGGCGAAAUACGUUGAGGAACAAAAUGAAGGGGUAUCUUCUGUACCUAGUGAGGCCAAACAGAAUGAGGAAUCCAUGGAAACUGAAAGUGGGAUAAAAAGAGGCCAAAACAAUGAGAACAAUACAGAGAACAAAUUCUCUACCAUGGAAGACGGAGAUGCCAAAGAAAAAGUUUAUGAAGUUGAGAAGAAAGAUCGCCAGCGAAGAAUUGAAACUAUUAAGAGGGAAAGGGAGCGGGAAAAAGAAAGAAUAGCUGUCGAGAGAGCAAUUCGAGAAGCUCGUGAAAGGGCAUUUGCUGAAGCUCGAGAAAGGGCAGAAAGGGCUGCCGUGGAGAGAGCAGCAGCUGAAGCUCGACAAAGAGCUAUGGCAGAGGCACGGGAGAAGGUUGAGAAAGCCUCUGCAUCGACUAAACAAUCUGCCGAUAAAGCCACCAGUGAAUCCAAGCUCAGAACAGAACGUGCUGCAGUAGAGAGAGCUACAGCAGAGGCUCGUGAACGUGCUCUAGAGAAAGCAUUCUCACAGAAAAAUCCCAACGAGGCAAGGACACAGGAUGAAAAAUUUUCUGGUGUCUCCAGAAAUAAUGCAUUAAAACACAGCUAUUCUUCCUCGGACCUGGAGAAAUUUGAUGGAAAUAAUAGUGAAUCCGCCCAGAGGCGUAAAGCAAGAUUAGAGAGGCAUCAGAGGAUAAUGGAGCGAGCGGCAAAGGCACUUGAAGAGAAGAAUAUGCGUGAUCUUCUUGCUCAGAAAGAGCAAGCUGAGAGAAAUAGAUUAGCGGAAUCUCUUGAUGCUGACAUUAAGAGAUGGGCGACUGGAAAGGAGGGGAACUUGCGUGCACUGCUUUCGACUCUGCAAUAUGUCCUUGGCCCAGAGAGUGGUUGGCAACCAAUUUCCCUAACAGAGAUCGUAACAGCUCCUGCUGUGAAGAAAGCUUACAGAAAGGCAACCCUUUAUGUACAUCCAGACAAAUUACAGCAAAAAGGAGCUAGCAUUCAACAAAAAUACAUAUGUGAAAAGGUUUUCGAUCUUCUUAAGGCAGCAUGGAACAGAUUCAACUCUGAGGAGAGGUGA